CUCCGGCUGGUCCGUGGUUUGCCAGAGUAUCCUCGUCAUCUUAGGCUGAAUGAGCCUGAUCUACGUCUUAUCAACCAGGAUCAAUACAGUUUCAGCCAGUCUGAUGUGGGCUUGGGCUUGGGCUUAGGCUUAUCUCUUUGUUUCGAACCAGACUUGACUUCCGUGGCCCUCCGGCACCAAGCUGACUACCUGAUGCUUUGUUUGCUGCUUAUGACUUGGCUGUGAAUGGCAAGUGAAGUACUGGUGUUACUCCGUCCUGAUUCCAGGGGACUGUAGGCAAAUGGCUGAAACAGCGUGGUAUUAAAAGGCUUCGAUAAAGCAGCCGUGCCCUCUGCCAGCAGCAGUUGCGAAGGUCCAUACUGUUAGUUUAUUUGUUUGCUACAAUGUCAUCUACUGAAGUCAUUCCGUCUUUUCCCUCGCAGACUCUCUCUCUGGGCGUGGAAAAUAAAGAAGAACAUAGCUCAACAGAGGCAAUCCAUCGCACCCUGAGCGUUACGCAGCCACCACGAGAUGUCCAUGGCGUUGCCUGGGUGCUUGUCGUACUUUCGGUGUUUUCCUGCGUCUUCCUGUUUGCCCUAGACAACACUAUAGUGGCCGAUGUGCAGCCGGCAAUCAUCAAUGAAUUUGGCGACCUCACGAUGCUGCCCUGGCUGUCAGUGGCCUUUCUACUUGGAGCUGCUAGUACACUGCUUGUUUGGAGCAAAGGAUACGGCCAGUUCAACUGCAAGUGGCUGUAUAUCAUCACCACCGCCAUCUUCGAGGUCGGCUCAGCAGUGUGCGGUGCUGCGCCUAAUAUGAGCAGUCUCAUUAUCGGACGUGCCAUAUGCGGUCUCGGUGGCGCUGGCAUGUAUCUCGGCGUGAUGACGAUUCUGUCGAUGCUCACUUCGCCAACGGAGCGGUCUAUCUAUAUGGGACUGACUGGCAUGGUCUGGGGGACCGGCACUGUGCUUGGUCCCAUCAUCGGUGGCGCCUUCACCGACAGUCCAGCAACAUGGCGCUGGGCCUUCUAUAUCAACCUCUGCAUCGGCGGCCUCUUCGCCCCAGUAUUCUUCUUCAUGAUCCCCAGCAUCGACCCCCGGCCUGGCGCAUCAGUCAAAGAACGCCUUGCCGAAAUCGACUGGCUCGGCCCUGUUAUCUUCAUCGGCGCCUACGUCUCCGGCAUCAUGGCCAUCUCCUUCGGCGGCGUGCUCUACCCCUGGAACGACAGCCGCAUUAUCGGCAUGUUCGUCUGCUCUGGCGUCCUGUUCACUCUAUUCUUCCUCCAGCAGGGCUUCACCGUAUUCACCACCUACAGCGCCCGCAUCUUCCCCAUGCAGUACCUCAAAAGCAAAGAGAUGGUCCUCCUCUUCAUCGAAACUGCCGCCGCGGGGACAUCCUGCUUCGUGCCCAUCUACUUCAUCCCGCUCUUCUUCCAGUUCGUGCGAGGCGACACCGCCCUCGAUGCCGGGGUUCGUCUUCUCCCGUUCAUCGUCCCGCUAGUUGUGUGUAAUCUCGUCAACGGCCUCGCCAUGUCCGCAAUGGGCUACUACAUGCCCUGGUACCUCCUCGGCGGAGUCCUAGUCAUAGUCGGCGGAGUCCUCCUACGGAUUACAGAGCUCUCAACAAGCCAAGCCCAGAUCUACGGAGCUCUCGUCGUAGGCGGGAUAGGCACAGGCGUGUUCUCCCAAGCCGGAUUCGCCGUCGCACAGUCUCUUGUCCCUGCUAACGAGAUCCCCAUGGCUGUUGGAUUCAUCACAUGCGCACAAGUCGGCGGUUCAGCCAUCGCGCUCUCAAUUGCCAAUACGGUGUUUCUGAACCGUGCAACUACCCAGGCUGCUGCGUUGCUUCCCGGUGUGAGUGCGGACGGGAUCCAGGCGUUGAUAUCGGGGGCGAAUCAUGCGCUUCUGGACUCUUUAGAUGAGGCGCUUAGGUCGGAUGUGCUUAGUGCUAUUGUACGUGCCAUUACGGAUGCGUUUGUGCUGGAUCUGACGGCAGGGUGUGUUGCGGUUGUGCUGGCGGUGUUUCUGAGGAGGACGAAGAUUAGUUUCAAUUCUGCUGCUAUUGGGGGGAUGUAA